AUGCGCAAUACCAUACUCUUUAUCAUUCACUUUGCGACGCAGGAUAUGACUCGUCUGUUCGUCACAUACAAAGGCGAACGGACAGCAAUAGAUGUACUUGGUGGCAUGACAGUUGACAACGUUAAGCAGCUGAUCAGGCAUCAGUUCAGCAUAAACGAGAAUCGAGCCCAGCUGGGUGAUGAGAAUCAAGAGCGACCAAGCCUCGUAAUUGAGUGGGCCGGUGCCCAACUCCAAGACAACUGGCUACUUGAGGAGCUAUGCCUACCCACAGGGACGACGAUCAAGGCUCGUCUCAAAGAGGAGAUAGAUCCACUGCUGCACAUUGAUGUAAGUGCUAACCAAGAAUUCUAA